AUGGACUCACAUCUGAAACUACUCAUCUCAGAUUUGGAGGUGAUUCUGCUGUUAUGCAGCAACAUCGACCCCCGGUGGCAGAGAGCUGAACUGCAGGCCAGAGACGAUCAAUCACUGCAGGAUGGAAACACUGGAUUCACCAAUGCAGUAGACAUUUAUGUUGGAGCUGAAGGAGGAAAUGGUUCAGUAAAUUGCUACUUCACUUCGUCUGGAAACACCAAGUUCUUCUGUAAAGGAGAAUGUGAAGAAGAAAACAUUCUCAUUAAAACAGAUGGUGUCACAACUCAGAGCGGCAGAUACAGCAUCAGAUAUGAAGACGGAUCUUCUGGAACAAGAAUUUUGACUUUGGCCAUCAAACAGCUGACCAAGUUGGACUCUGGACGGUACAGAAUUGGUUUGGGUGGAUCUUUGUUCCCAGAUUCUUACUGUGACGUUCGCGUCAUAGUUACAGAUGAAGCAACGUUGGGGGUAAACACUCAUUUCAUUGAUGCAGGAACUGAGGGAGGAAAUAUCACAUAUGGAUGCAGUGCUACUGUCAAUGGAAGCAGGAAGUUCUUCUGUAAGGAUGAAUGUAAAAAAGAAGAAGACAUCCUGAUUGAAACAGAAGGGAACAGAGCUCAGAGUGACAGAUACAGUAUUGAAUAUAUACUAGGAUAUGGACUAGAGGUGACCAUCACACAGCUCAAGAAGUCGGACACAGGAUGGUACAAGUGUGGUUACGGCAGACCUUCGUCUCCAGAUUCAUUCGACUGGGUCCGGAUUUUCGUUAUAAAUGGUGAGUUUUAUGUCAAAAAUCAUGAAAACAUUUAUUCUUAAUUUAUGUACCUUCUGGUAAGUGCAUAUGAGUUCUUAAAGAAAAAUAAUAAUGGAUUUUUUCUUGUUUUCAUCUCUGAUCAAAAAUGGGAUAUACAUUAUAAAACUGAAAUAUGGAAAUGACAAGAUAUAAACAAACAACCAAAG